AUGGCCACAGAACUGGAACAACUGGAACAGGCCAUCACGCGGGCGCUCCAGGACAUUGACCGCAACAUCACGCGCUGCAACCGGGCCGUGGAACAUGGCAUUCUACCUGCUCUGGAGCAGUACAACCGAGGAAGCGGCAAGGUGUGGGAUAAGGGAGGCCAUUUCUGGAUGGAUUUUCUGGAAAAGGCGGCCUGUGUGAAGUUCACAACUCACGACGAAGACGUCGGAGAUGAGGCUCAUACUGUCGAGGAUCCGUCCAUGACAGAAAAGGUGCCUCUCAAACAGGAUUCGUACGAAACAGAGGCGUCCAUGUUGCAAAGCAUCACCAACAAUAUGGACAGUGUGGUGGAACUAGGGGAGAGAGAGAUCAUCAAAGACAACGACAACAACAACAAUAAUCAGAUGAAUUACAGCAAUCUCUUGUCGGAGCUGGAUGACGAGAGUAUGGACGUUUCCAUGGACCGAAACACUCCUGACGCCAACAACAAAGACAAAAUCACUCCUCGCAGACGCUCAGUGACAUCAACGCCAAGAAAAGACCGUCAUGCGUCGUCUGGAAAACGCUCAAAGAUCCCCCAACCGGAUUACAGCCUGGAAAAGACUCCCGAAAGAGCUACAGAUCAGCCUGCAUACUUGAAACAUGCCCUGGAAAGCGCGUCUAAAAAGUACGACCAUGAGUUGGCACGGGCGGCCAAAAGAGGUAACUUCCAACAGUCUGACAACGAAGAGGCGGGUCCUUCUUCCUCUUCCAAGACAGGUUUUAACUUCAAGCCAUCCUUCAUAACGAAAUCAGCAUAUGCAUCUACAGAAGCAGGAGGAGGCAGUAAGAGCGCUUCAAAGGCAACACCCUCUUCCUCGCAACCAUGGUACAUGAACGUGGAUCUCGAUGACUCUUUUGAUCUCCCAUCACCACCAAAGCUCUCUUCGAUGAAUUGGAAACCUGGAGGACCGUCUUCUUCUGCUCGUCACCACACACGAUCUAAAUCAGAUACCCCUCCGACAGAAACACAAUCAGUUAUGCGCCAGAGAAUCAAUGACAAGGAGUACCAUAUUGAAAUGAGUCCCGCCAAGGGUAAACAGCCACUUUCCGCUGUCACGAAGUCAUCGGGAUCGUACUCGCCGUUUCACCCAAAGAAAAUGGACGCAGCAUCAACACCAGCAAGAACCAAGCUCUUUACGCCAAAAAAGCCGUCAGCAGCCUCGCGCUACAAACUUGACCAGUUUAGUGAUGACGAUUCGGACAUGCUGAGUCCCCCACAACUGACAACUCACAUGAUCCAAUGGGACAACCAACAACACAAUACUAACAAACCAACGGAAGCCGGGCAGAACCCUCCUUCGGCUACACGAGAGCGAUCUCCGGAACGUGCUGCUCGCAAAGACAAGGAACGUGCCGACUCCCCAGCCCCGGCUGACUUCGACUACAAGUCCGGCCACACUCCGUUUGCAAAGACCCCUCUUGCUCUGAGAAUGGACAGAGAACGACUACAGCAACGGACAGAGAAUCUUGUGGGAUUCGGCAGUCCCAAUAAAGAUAUUUUUGGGGCUGCUGCUAAAAGUACAACUGCUCCCCCCUCUGCCAAAUACGACAUGCUUUCAUUCAACGAUUCCGGUGAAUCGUUUCAGCCCCCGGAUCUGUCGCCUCCAGUGACCAUCAAAUUCGACACUUCGCGGUUGCAGUUCACUCCGGCUAAAGAUAGUGCACGACGGGUCGUUCAGGGAGCUCUUCGGGAAGCUGGGGGGGAGCUGGAUAGCGAUGAUUCCAUGGGAAGUUUCUAA